GCAAAUCUUUUUUCCUCCAGGUUUUGUUCUGAAACGAAUUGUCUGGCGUGAAGGAAGCAGCUCUAGUCGGUCUAGACAAUGGCGUGUACUUACGUCACUACGGCUGAUGGGCACUGUCUGGCUGAACCCGUGCAUUUCUGUGACAUUUUGCCAGAACAAGUCAAUUAGCAGCAGCGAGACAAUGAUUUUCAAGAAUCACCUUAUUGUCAUUAUUCUGCGACUCAAUUUCCUCCAGUUUUGCGAGCUCAGUCUUUACAGAGUAAUUUCGACACCUACUUCUUGGAUCGACAGUCCAGGGAUGACGGGCAGUGUGCAUUUGAUCCACGUGAAUUACAUAAACCCACUUUUGUGGUUAUUCAUGAUGCGGAAGAUGGGCACCCUGGGAUGAAAAGGUCCACACCAACCUGUUCUUUGCGAAUGAAAGGACAGGAAGACGUCUGCGUGGUUUGUGGGGAUAAAGCAUCAGGAUAUCAUUAUAGUGCACUUACUUGUGAAGGCUGUAAAGGUUUUUUUCGACAUAGCAUCACCAAAAAUCCAGUACAUAAUUGCAAGAAUGGUGGUCAUUGUGAAAUGGACAUGUACAUGCGUAGGAAAUGUCAAGAGUGCAGACUGAAAAAGUGCAAGGCAGUAGGGAUGUUGGCAGAAUGUUUGCUCACAGAAAUCCAAUAUAAAUCAAAGAGACUUCGAAAGAAUUUUAAGCAGAAGAAUAGUUUUUACCCUAACAUCAAAGUGGAAGAGAAAGGAACAGACAGCAAACUUGUGUCAUCCAGUGGAAAAACGAUUCAGGAGAGCAUGGAAUUAACUCAAGAAGAACGUCAGCUUAUUAGUAGCAUUGUAGCUGCUCACCAAAACUAUCCAAUUCCCAUGGAGGAAACAAAAAAAGUUGUGCAGGAAAAUGCCAAUCCUAAACUGAGCUUUUUGCAACUCUCAGAGACAGCAGUCCUACACAUGCAUGGGAUGAGGGAUUUUACCAAGAGGCUCCCAGGAUUUAAAAAUUUGACCAUUGAGUAUCACACUGCAUUGCAGAAAGGAUCGAAAAUUGAAGUAAUGUUUCUUCAUGUGGCCCAAUCCUACAGUCAGAAAGUCACAGCCUCUGAAAGUAUCACUGAAGAAUUUAUUAGCUCAUUGUUUUAUUUCUACAGAAGAAUGAGUGGACUUAAUGUCAAUGACACCAAAUACGCUCUGCUUGCGGCAACAACUGUGCUUUUCUCUGAUCGUCCAUGCAUUAGAAAUAAACAACAUGUGGAGAAUUUACAAGAACCCAUUUUACACAUUUUGUAUAAGUAUUCAAAGAUUUAUCAUGCAGAAGAUCCUCAACAUUUUGCUCGUCUCAUAGGGAUGCUAACUGAACUGAGAACUCUGAGUCACAACCACUCAGAGAUACUUAGCACAUGGAAAACAGAGGACCCCAGACUGACUGCUUUAUUCUCUGGGAAGUGGAAUUUGCAUUCACAUCACUAAAAGCUUAGAAUGCUGUGGUUCAUACUAAAUUUUCUAAAUCUAAAUUAGAUGACUGCUUUGAAGAAUAUGAACAAGACUGGUGUGCUGCCAGCAGACCACCCUAACUUGGACCACAUCUGGGCUCAUCAAAUUUUUGUGGA